CGCCUCGCACGUCGCGGCGAGCCCGACCAAAGCAUGAGCAGCGCUGCGCUGCGCGACAAGAUCAAGGGCCUGCUCGUGGAGGGCGAGGGCGAGCACACGUCCUCCUCCUCGUCCACCGCGGAGGGCGACGGCGACGACUCCUUGCGCCACACGCUCGGGCUGACGUCGACGCUCUUCACGCCGCAGUUUGCUGAGUCGUUCAUUGCGCGCGUCGAGCGCGAGUGUGAAGGGCUUCCCGCGGAAGAGCGGCGCUCCAGGCUCACCGCAGCAUACCGCAGUGUCACCGGCAGCCUCGGUUCCGGCGGCGACGGCGGCGGCGGCGGCGGCGGCGGCGCCAACUUCCGCGUCUGGCUCAACUCCAUCGUGAGGAUACGGCCCCUCACAGCCGCGGCGACGCCAAAGCCGCAGGCCGUCGGCGAAGUCACGCCGGCGCCGCAGACGCCCGCUUGUCGCAAGGCGCCGCCCGCGGCGGCCGAGACGCCCGGCGCCGUUGCGGGAGCGGAGGUGUUUCACAUCAACGGCGUCCCGUACUCGAAGCUGGAGCCGAUCGGGCGCGGCGGGACGUCACAAGUCUUCAAGGUGCUCGCGCCGAGCCGCAAGAUCCUCGCGCUCAAGCAGGUCAAGCUCGUCGACUCGGAGGUCAAGCUCGAGCAGCAGGCCGUCUACCUGGUGAUGGAGUGCGGCGAGAUCGACCUCGCGCACAUGCUGCAGCGGCAGCGCGGCUCGGAGCGCGACGGCACCCUCUCCGAGUCCUUCAUCUGCAUGUACUGGCAGCAGAUGCUGGCCGCGGUCAACGCCAUCCACGAGGCGCGCGUGAUCCACGCCGACCUCAAGCCCGCCAACUUCCUCUGCGUCCAGGGCUCGCUCAAGCUGAUCGACUUUGGCAUCGCCAAGCAGUCGAGCGCCGACACGACAAAGAUCGCGCGCGACUCGCAGGUCGGGACUGUCAACUACAUGUCGCCGGAGUCGAUCACGUGCGAGGGUGACGACUCCUCGGCCGAGGGCCAGUUCAAGCUCGGCCGCGCCUCGGACGUCUGGUCCCUCGGCUGCAUCCUCUACCAGAUGGUGUACGGGCACACCCCCUUCUCGCACCUGCGCACCAUCUACCAGAAGCUGCAGGCGGUCGCCUCGCCUCACGAGCCGGCGAUGAACCACGGGAUUAACUAUGAAUGUUUCAAGCUGCAGGCGAUCCCCGACCCGAGCAAGGCAAUCGCCUUCCCGCCCACGCGCAACCCGUACAUGGUGGACGUGCUGCGGCGCUGCCUGCAGCGGCAGCCCACCCUCCGCCCUUCCAUCCCCGAGCUGCUCGACCACCCGCUCCUCCGGCCCGAGCUGCGCGGCCCGCCCCCAUCGCCGUCGCCCGCGGCCUCCGCCGCCGCCGCCGGCGGUGUCUCGCUCGACGCGCUGCCGCACGUCAUUGAGCAGGUUUGCCUCGCGAUGGGCGGCGGCGGCGGAGGCCUCGACCUUGCUGCGCUGCGCGCCGAGAUUCAGCGGCAGCAGCAGCUCGCGUGCGCGCAAGGAGGCGAUGCGCCGCUCGAGAUUGCGCCGCUCGUCGCUUCCGCCCUCGCUGCGGCGAAGCGGGCCUCGCCGACCGACAGUUUGCUUGCUCCCACCUUGCCGCUCGCGUCGCAGAUUGCCCCGGCGCCUCCUCCACCUCCACCUCCUCCACCUCCUCCACCGCCGCCGCCGCCGCCGCCGCCUGCUGCCCCCGCUCCUCGCUCCGCCCUCCCGCGGCCGACCGGCCGGACUCCGCUCGCGCCGGUCACGCCAAACAGCCAGUCCUCGGGGGCCGGCGCAGCGGUGCCCAAGGCAGCUGAUCUGCAGGCCCGGCUCAAGAGGCUGCAGCCGGUCGCGCAGCGCGGAGUGGCGGCGGGGGAGCGGCCGGCGGCGGGGAGAGAGGGCGGGCUUCAGCACGCGGUGGAGCAAGCGAUGGCUCGGCGGCGCGCCGCUUGGCGCGAGGAUGACACGAGCGAGUGGCGGUAGCGGGGCGGCAUCACUGAUCACUCUCCUUUCUCCCCCGCCGGGCUUGUCGCUCGGCGGAGGGGCGGGCAGUCGCGCUGCAGCUUACGUGCUGCGCAGGAGGGGAGAGCGCUCGGUGAUGGCGGGCGAAGAUUGCAGCAGGGUUGCAGGCGGUUCCCCGAGCCCGUGUCUCUGCGUGGACCGCCGAACACCCCAACGAUCGCGCACA